UUUAGGCACUUCAAGCGCACCUGGUUCUUUUCCGCAAAAAAUGAAAACAUGUUGACGCACCUUAAAAGACAAGUAACCUGCAUAUUGUUACCAGCAGCGUCAGCCGUUGAGGAAGAUGCCACAACGAAUGAUCAAGACGAUCUUAUAAACUUUGACAUGGUGAACGAUGACGCGACAAGGAGAGAAAGAGUAGAGGUCAGACGCGCUUCGCAGUUUCCAAGCAACGCAGCAUGUUCCACAUGGUCUGAGAGCAAUAGCCCCGAAGCAAUGCCACUUUUUGCAGUAGAACAAGAGGCAGUUACGAAACGACGAAAAAAGACCAUUAGAUUUGCCCCAGAAACUGAUGAUCGAUUUUACUGCCCUUACAAGCGAUGCGAAUUUUUGGGUGCUAACCAAUUGGAAUCUAUGUAUGAGCACAUCCGCUUAUAUCACGACUAUCGCUUUCCACAGUAUGACCCCGAGUCAGCGUCUAUACAAUUCUGUACUCCAAGUAAUGCCAAGGUGGACCUGACAGUUCUAUCAAACAAGCUGCUUGAACCCGGCCAGAGAUUAAGAAGUGCGCUCUGCACGAACACAUCAACAAAAGUAGCAGGAAGAAUUUUGUGCCCGUACAUUAGCUGUAUGUGGGAUGCACAAACGCGAAACUGUAUCAUCCCUCAUUUGCGCCAAUCCCAUCUUCUUCCUCUUCCAAAAUUUCGCAAGAAAGAGCAAUACUUCCUUUUCUCGAAAGAUGGUGACACUAUCGAAUUCUCAGAUGACCCUAAAAGCAAAAUACUAGAAGAUGGAGGACCUAUUCAUGUGGUCACCGCUAAUGAUAAAGAAGGCUUCCAAUCGCGAAAUGCGAUAAUACUAACACCUUCGAAUCCGAUUCCACUAAGAGAAGAGGGCAAGUUGACUGGCCGGCGAUACUAUUGCCCUUACAUAGGAUGUCCAUGUACAAAAAACGAAAGAGCUCGCAUCUUUCAGCAUAUUAGGGGCAAGCAUGAUUGCACGUUCCCUAUCAUCCAAGCUCAUCGAAAGUACACUUUUAAAGAUAGUAAAGGUGAACCUGUGUCAUUGGACGGCACUAGUCGACUAACGAAAGGCGAGAAGAUGACCUUAGAAUACGACCAUACGGAAAGCAAAAUUCGAUACUUUUGUCCUUUUGAAGGAUGUACAACAUCGAGCAAGUUUCGACGCUAUGUGAUAUGGCACAUUCGUGACGAACAUGAUCCACAGCUUCCCGAUAUUGCUAUAAUACGUCAACCUUUUACGCUUUGUACAUCGUCAGGGCGAAAGCUGAGUUUUUCAUAUGAAGAGCAGCAGACGCCGGUUCGAAAUGGCGAACGAUUAUCUAUAGCUUUUGAAAACUCUGAUCAAGAUCGAACAUACUGCCCUUAUCAAGGAUGUAAUCAGUCAUUUCCCCUUUCAAGUCGUUUGUAUGACCAUCUUCGUCGCAAACACGAUACAAAUUUUCCAUACGUGCAGUCCCAUCGACCACGUAUGGUAAUGUCACUCUCUGGCGAAAUGAUUGACUUGACUAACAAUCCUAAACGGAGGUUACUUGAUUCCGACGAAUGUUUGACGAUUGUUUAUCAAAACGAAGAAAAUCAUCAAGGAUCCUGUUAUCUAUGCCCGUACUACGGAUGCCAUAUGAGAAAUCCUGUACGCGCUCGUGUAUAUUCUCAUAUCCGCGAAAUACACGAUCAAGAGUUUCCAAGGUUCGAAAGACACCGUGGAUCAUAUCAUUCGAGAAGCAUGCUGACUGGCAGGAAAAUUGAAUAUGAUGAGCAAUUUAUGAGGAAAGGGGAUAAAAUUGAAAUCGUCUAUGAAGGCGAAGACGACGAACAAAUUGAAGUGAAUGAACGAGGAACCUUGAAGCCCUCGCAAAAAUUGAAAUGGCAGCCUUCGGUUUCGAAUGAGUAGUUUUAACAGGAAAGGAGGUAGUAGUGAGCAGAAAGGUGCAAAACGAGAGUCAUCAGUCUUAUAAAAGAAGCAGUUAAAACUUUUGUUUCACAUAUACAUCAUACGUUUCUCAUACCAUAUGUAACUUUUUCAUUCUAAGUUCUUCUGCCUUACAUUCAAAGUCUUUUAAACUGUGUUACGUUUAAUUAAAAGCUAC